AUUCAUUCAUCAAUGCCUGAGCCAGCAAAGACCGCGCCCAAGAAGGGCUCCAAGAAAGCCGUCGCCAAGAGCGUCAGCAAGUCCGGAAAGAAGAAGAGAAGGACUAGGAAGGAAAGCUAUGCCAUCUACGUCUACAAGGUGUUGAAACAGGUUCACCCCGACACCGGUAUCUCGUCGAAGGCAAUGAGCAUCAUGAAUUCGUUCGUCAACGACAUCUUCGAACGAAUUGCCUCAGAGGCGUCCAGGCUGGCGCACUACAACAAACGCUCUACCAUCACCUCUCGGGAGAUUCAAACCGCCGUGCGCCUCCUGCUUCCCGGAGAGCUGGCCAAGCACGCCGUCUCAGAGGGCACUAAAGCCGUUACCAAGUACACCAGCUCAAAGUAA